ACUUUAUUAGAAAGUUACGUUUUGUUAACUAUCUGUCUGCAGACACUUGUGGGCACAACAAACUACCGAUUCAUCUAUCCGGUUUUAUAAACGAAACAGAAAGCUGUCACGGACGUGCUUUGAACUGGAAUUGUGUACAAUGGAAUCACCCAAGGUUUGGGUACCAGAUCCUGUUUCAGGGUAUAAGUUAGGCAAAAUUAUAGAUAUAAAAUCUGAUACAGUCUCUGUUCAGUUACUGAAUUCUAAUGAAAUACUUACUGUUCCUUAUGAGAGUACUUAUGCUGCUGAAGAGCUAGAUGACAAAGAUGUGGAUGAUAAUUGUGGACUGAUGCAUUUAAAUGAAGCAACUUUAUUGAAUAAUAUUCGUCUAAGGUACAAUAGGGAUCAAAUCUAUACAUAUGUUGCCAACAUACUUAUUGCAGUUAAUCCAUAUUUUGAAAUAAAGAAUUUGUAUUCUUCAGACACAAUAUCUAAAUAUCAAGGAAAAUCUCUGGGAGUUCUUCCUCCGCAUGUUUUUGCAAUUGCUGAUAAAGCCUUUCGGGAUAUGCGUGCUCUAAAAGAAAGCCAAUCUAUAAUAGUAAGCGGAGAAUCUGGUGCUGGUAAAACGGAGUCUACAAAGUAUAUCUUGCGAUAUUUAUGUGAAUCUUGGGGAUGUCAUGCUGGACCAAUUGAGCAGAGAAUAUUGGAUGCUAAUCCUGUUCUGGAAGCUUUUGGAAAUGCCAAGACUAUGCGAAACAAUAAUAGUAGCAGAUUUGGUAAAUUUAUUGAAAUUCAUUUUAGUAAUAAGUUUUCAGUUGUUGGGGGUUUCAUUAGUCAUUAUUUAUUAGAAAAAAGUCGCAUAUGUUCUCAAAGUAGAGGAGAAAGAAACUACCACAUAUUUUAUCAGCUUUGUGCUGGUGCUCCUGUUGAGCUGAAGAAAAAGCUGCACUUGUCUAGUCCUGAUAAGUUUCAAUACCUGAGUAAAGGCUGUACUCAAUAUUUCACUUCUCAAGAAACUGAAAAGUUAUUGAAUAAGGACUCGAUUUCUUCUGAUCAGUGUCAAAAAGGAUCUCUGCAUGACCCUAUGUUGGAUGACAUUAGAAACUUCUUAGCCUUAGAUAAAGCUUUGAACAAUAUGGGACUUAGAGAGAGUGAAAGGCAAAAUAUUUAUACUGUUGUGGCUGCUGUUUUACAUUUGGGUAAUGUAUCAUUUGAAGACAACCCAGAUGACUGCAAAGGUGGCUGCCGUUUAGCACCUGGAGCUGCUGAAGUUCUUAAUAUCAUUGGUUCUCUGUUAGGGGUUGAUGCACAGUAUUUGAGGCAAAGUUUAUUAAGUAGAGUAAUGCAAACAAGUAAAGGUGGAGCGAAAGGAACUAUUUAUAUGGUUCCUUUGAAAGUGCAUGAAGCCCAAAAUGCUCGAGAUGCUUUAGCUAAAGCCCUGUAUUCCAGGCUUUUUGAUUUCAUUGUACAGUGCAUCAACAAAAGUAUACCAUUCAGUUCUUCAUCAUAUUACAUUGGUGUUUUGGAUAUUGCAGGUUUUGAAUAUUUUCAGGUGAAUAGUUUUGAGCAAUUUUGUAUAAAUUACUGCAAUGAAAAACUGCAACAAUUUUUCAAUGAACGGAUUUUGAAGGAAGAGCAAACUUUGUAUGAAAAAGAAGGUUUGAAUGUGAGAAAAAUUGAUUAUGUUGAUAAUCAGGAUUGUCUUGAACUUUUAGAGAGCAAAGGCAAUGGAAUAUUUGAUUUACUUGAUGAAGAGAGCAGGCUUCCUAAAUCUAGUCAUACUCAUUUUACUAGUACUGUUCAUGCUCAGAAUAAUGGGCAUUUUCGAUUGGAUGUACCAAGAAAAUCAAAAUUAAAGUAUCAUCGUGAAAUUCGAGACAAUGAAGGAUUUUUAAUUCGUCACUUUGCUGGUGCAGUUUGUUAUGAAACAGUGUCUUUUAUUGAAAAGAACAAUGAUGCCCUACAUGCAUCACUGGAAAGUGUUAUUUUAGAAGCUGAAAACAAUUUUGUUCAGAAUUUAUUCAAAAAUGAAUCAACUUCUCAACAAACAAGAGGCAAAUUAAACUUUAACAGUGUUGGUAGUAAAUUCAGAAGUCAACUUCAGGAAUUAAUGGCAAAAUUGAGGAAUACAGGUACCCACUUUGUUCGUUGCAUUAAACCAAAUUUCAGAAUGGUUGAUCACUGCUUUGAAGGAAAUCAAAUUCUUAUUCAACUGCGAUGUUCAGGUAUGGCCUCUGUACUGGAAUUGAUGCAGCAAGGAUAUCCAUCUCGUGCUCAGUUUUCUGAUUUAUAUGCUAUGUAUAAAAGCUACCUUCCCCCUGAUUUGGCUCGUUUAGAUCCUCGAUUGUUUUGCAAAGCACUGUUCAAAGCUCUUGGAUUGAAUGAAAAAGAUUUCUGUUUUGGUUUGACUAAAGUUUUCUUUCGUCCUGGGAAAUUUGCAGAAUUUGACCAAAUUAUGAAAUCAGAUCCUCAAAACUUAGCAUUGUUGGUUAAGAAAGUUCAAAAAUGGCUUUUAAUAUCUCGUUGGAAAAAAACAAUCUGGUGUGCUGUUUCUGUAAUUAAAUUGAAAAAUAAAAUUCUGUACAGACGUAAUAAUCUUAUUGUCAUCCAGAAGAAUUUCCGUAUGUGCCUCGCAAAACGGAAGUACCGACCACGAUACUUGUACAUAAUGAAAUUGAAAAAGUUAUGCGAAAAGCUGGAUGCAAUGUCACAGAUUGUUUCUCAGUUAAACAAAGAGAAGAAAAAAUCCUCUGCUGAAAUACAAGCACUUCGUGAGAAAAUGAAAUAUGCAAUUCAACAGGCUAAGGUUACUGAUUUGAGUAUUCACCAAAUGGAGAAAAAUCACCUGGAUUUUGUGAAAGCUGUUGAUGAAUUAUUGUUGAAUUUGCAAAAGAAGGUAGAGCAACAGAAAAUUGCUGAGGAGCGGGAGAGAGUUAGAAAGAUUCAAGAAGAAAUGGAACGUGAAAGAUUAAAAAAAGAAGAAGAGAAACAAAAGAAAUUAGAAGAAGAAGAAAUGAAAAAAAGAAAAAUGGAACUUGAACUUCAGAGGAAAAUGGAAGAAGAGUGUAGAAUCAAAGAGGAGAAGGAAAAUGCAAAACGGAUGGAAGAAUACCAAGCCCAGCUUCGCUUACAGGAGGAAGAAGAACUGAAAAGGCAACAACAGUUGCAGCAAGAACACAGUGAUCAUGAACUUGCUCUUCGUUUAGCUCAAGAUAUGAAUGGUGUUCCUGAUGAAGUAGUAACUCCGCCUCCUCUUCCAAGAUCUGCUUAUGUGUUACAACAACAAGAACAACUUGCUUCCAAAAAGUAUGACCUGUCCAAAUGGAAAUAUUCUGAUCUACGAGAUGCCAUAAAUACAUCAUGCGAUUUAGAAUUAUUGGAUGCUUGUCGAGAAGAAUUCCAUCGUAGAUUAAAAGUUUAUCAUUCGUGGAAGCUUAAAAAUAUGCACAAAGGAAGCAGUCAAAGUAGAGCUCCAGAUUCAAUCAUGCAGUCAGCCAAACAAGCACCACCUAUGCCUCCGGCCCGAAAAUCUUCUCUUGGGACUGUGGCAGCAGACAGAUAUUUUCGUAUUCCUUUUGUUAGGAACUCAGCACAAAAAGGCUGGUGGUACGCACAUUUUAAAGGACAGUGGAUUGCUAGGCAAAUGGAACUUCACCCUGACAAGCCUCCAAUCCAAUUAGUAGCAGGCAAAGAUGACAUGCAGAUGUGUGAAUUAAGUUUGGAUGAAACAGGCCUUACACAGAAAAGAGGCGCUGAAAUUCUUGAAGAGGAAUUCAAUGCUGUGUGGGAUAAGCACAGUAAAACAAGUUCUACAGUUCCUUAAAGAAAUUGAAAUCUCAAAAUGCUAACAAGAUAAUGUUUAAUAUAUGGUUUAAUUUUAUUGGGCACAAGAGUAUGAUUAUUAUAUUAAAUUGGAUAUAUAUUUAUUUUUAAUUAUCGUUUUAUUGAUUUGACUUGAAAAUGAUUUAUUUUGAAUGCAAGGGGAAAAGUUCAUUUCUGCUAUCUGAAUAAUGUUUAUUAAUAAUGGUCACUAUUUAACUGUCCAAAUUAAGAGUUUAAACUUAACUAAUGAAUGUAUUGUUAACUAUGUUGUUUCAUUAUAGUUUAUGAAAUGAAUGUUAUCUUUACACUCAAAGUUUUUUUCUGAGCUUUUAUGAACUUUUUGUGAUAUUUACUAAAUGUUUUAAUCUGGUUACUAGUUUAUUACUGAAAACUUAUUUAAAAAAAUACAUCAAUCUAAAAAAAGAAUAUACAAGUUUUUGCUCUAAGUGCAUUUACUCAAUGGAUUUUUACUUAUGUUUUGUCAUUGUGUCUAGUUGUUUAUGAAUGUCAUAUUUACUGAUUACAGUUUUUUUUUAUUACUUAGUAAUGGAUGUUACACACAAAUUUAGUUUUUAAAAAAAUACUUAUGGACUAGCAAUAUUUUCAAAUCACUAAAAUGAAAUAUUACAAUUCACAAAUUUAAAAAGUGGUGAUUAUUCUAACUAGUCUUUUUCACAGUGCACUGAUUUUUGAAUUUCUUUUCAAUAUAUGUUACACAUUUUGGUUAGACUUGGUAUGGGCAGCUAAAAUUGUAUGCUUCUUUUCUAGAAUAAAUAGUUUAUAGUUUC